AUGUUGAGAAGCACUAGAUUAUUUUCCCGUAGUAGAAAUCUACUGGAAAAAGUGUAUGCAAUCACCUGUCCGGGACAGGGUAUUAUAAAAUCUGGUCUCUUGGCACCAUUUUCUCAGUAUCGAUGUCAUUUCGAUGAUAUCCUACAAAGCACAGAUGAAGCUUUGAAGGAGAAUUUCUCCAAACAUCUCUUUAAUGAAGAUGAGGAGUUUGCAAAGCAAUGGCUUUCCAGAACAUCUAAUGCACAACCAGCUAUAUUAAUCACUACUUAUAUUCUACAUACGAUUUUGAAGAAAGAAUUCAAUGUUGAUUUAAUGAGAAAUCCAAAUGUAAAAUAUGUUAUGGGUCAUUCUUUAGGUGAAUAUACCGCACUUUGUCUUUCGGAUGCGAUUGAUUUGGAAACAUCUGUGAAGCUAGUUCGUCGAAGAGGAACUCUUAUGGAGGAUUUGAUAAAAGAAAAACCGAACCCUUACGAGAUGAUGGCUGUGUUAUUCAAACCAUCUUCAUUUUCACAAUUAUUGAAAUUAUUAGCUGAAGAGAAUAUUUUAGCUAAUAUUAAUUCAUAUCAGCAACUUGUAAUAUCUGGUCAUCGUCUGAAGCUAGUCGAAGUGGUUGAAAGAAUUAAUUCAUUAGAGAAGAAAAAAAUAAUUUUAAAGACUGUAAAAUUACCAGUUACUAUUCCAUUUCAUAGUGAUGUAUUGGGCGAGAUCGAACCUGAAUUAAUGGAGUUUGCACCAAAGUCAAACAAACCUUUAUUCAAGCCUAUAAUAAGCAACUUGACAGGAGAACCGGUUUAUGAUUCAUCCAGUGCCUUCACCAAUACGAUUUUGGCCAACUCCCGCCCCGUGCAGUGGGUUGCAUCAAUGGAGAAAUGCAUAUCAACAGAUAUUACUAAUUUCAUAAAUGUUGGACCAGGUACAGUAUUACAAGACAUUAAUUCAAAAUUCAAAGUUCAAAAUAAUAGCAUGGACUCUUUGAAGUCAAUGGAGGAAAUUUCAAAGCUUAUAUAA